GGAAAAGAGCCAUUUUGGAGCAUGUUAGACUGUAGGGGAUGGUGAAGUAUUGUGCGUUUGCUGAUAAUUACAUGAGCAUGUAGGCAGUUGAGGACUUCUUGGACCGGAAUUAAAGAGGCAAAAAUAAGUGAGAAUCAUGGAUGCAGUAAAAGCAUUCAACGCGGAGCUUUCCGCCUUGUAUGAGGUCAAACCUCCAAUUUCCAAAGCAAAGAUGACAUCGAUCACAAGAGGCGCAAUUAAAGCUAUUAAAUUCUACAAGCAUGUUGUACAGAGCGUAGAGAAAUUUAUACAGAAGUGCAAACCUGAAUAUAAAGUACCUGGCCUCUAUGUGAUCGAUUCAAUAGUUCGGCAGUCUAGGCACCAGUUCGGCCCAGAAAAAGAUGUUUUUGCGCCUCGAUUUGCGAAGAACAUGCAGACAACUUUUAUAAAUCUCUUCAGAUGUCCCCCAGAAGAUAAGAGUAAGGUAAUUCGAGUACUGAAUCUCUGGCAGAAGAAUUCAGUUUUCCAGUCAGAAGUAAUUCAACCACUGUUUGAUCUUGCGGAUCCAAACCACCCAAUCCACAAGGAACAACAAACAGCUGUAUCAAAUACAAGUAAUGGGUCGAUAUCAGGGAUUCUGAAUUUGAGCACUGUGAACAAGACUCCAUCCUCUGCUGCGAACAGAACACCAUCUAACCUCAGCAAAACUCCUAUGAAUGCUGGGAAACCAGAGGCUACAAGUACACCUAUGUGGCUGAAUAUGAAUCAGUCACAGAUGGAGGUAACCAGCACCACUCUGAUGCAGUUGUCAGGACAAGCAGGAAUGAAUCUCUUGUCCGGAAAAUCUCAGACGUCAAACCAAACGAGUAACAACGUGGAUGCAAAUAUAAUCCAGCAGUUGCAGCAUUUGCAGCAGUUGCUUAUGAAGCAGCAGGACUCGUCAGCUCGGCAGGAAACGGACCAAGUGAAAUUUGACAAGAAGCUCUUGGACUUUGACUAUGGGUCAGAUGAUGAUGAUGACAAUGCUCCAUCCCCACAGCCACAACAGUCAACUGGCCUAGAAAGCAUACUGGCAAACCCAGAAGUCAUGCGGCAGCUGCAGAAUUUACAGCAGCAAAUGAGUCAACAGCAGAUGAAACAGCAGCAGCAUGAGAUGGAGGAAAAGCUGCGGAAACUGCAAGAGAUGAAGCAGCAGGAGGAAGAGUUCGACAAACAUCUGGCUCAAACUCUUCCUAAUCUUCCCUUUGCUUCGGAAUGUGAAUUGAAACCAAUGGACACUGUACAGCCACCUCCACAAGUUAUGCGAUAUGAACAGCAUGACUUUGAGCAACAUAAGCCGGCAUAUACAUUUCCUGUAAUGGACAUGACACAGCCUCCCCCGGGAUACCCGCCAACCCUUCCAGCUGACCACUCAGUAGGGGGACAUUCUUCGCUACAGAAAGAGAGCCCUCUUGAAGAUGGCGAGCAAGCAGAUUCUGAGGUGGAAUUUGUGGAAAGAACAGGCCCUGAUACAAACUCUAUAGAAAUUAUCAACUUAGACCGAAGUCGUUCAAGAAGCCCAUCGUUGAGCAACUCCAAAAUAUACCGGCGGCGGCGGAGUCGAUCAAGGUCUCGAGACCGCAGGCGUGGAAGGAGGUCACGAUCAAGAUCUGUUUCUGAUGGAGGAAGGUCACGGUCCCGAUCUCGGCGUAGGAGGACAAGGUCUCGAGAAAGAGACCGUGAAAGAGAGAAAGAACGAGAGCGGGAAAGAGAGAAGGAACGAGAGAAGGAAAGAGAGAGGAGAAAACGAGGGUUACCUCCUAUCAAGAAGGAUCAUUUGUGUGUAUGCAGUACCACUCUUUGGGUUGGGCACCUGUCAAAGUUGGUGCACCAGGAAGAACUAUCGGAUACAUUUGGUGAAUAUGGAGACAUCGUGUCCAUCGACUUGAUCCCUCCGAGAGGCUGUGCAUUUAUAUGUAUGAAUCGCCGACAAGAUGCAUACCGAGCUUUGCAGAGGCUAAAAAAUCACAAGUUGCAGGGCAAAGCCAUCACGAUGGCCUGGGCUCCUGGUAAAGGAGUGAAGGGGAAGGAGUGGAAGGACUACUGGGAAGUGGACUUUGGUGUGUCUUACAUCCCUUGGGCAAAACUUACUCGGGAAUCUGAUUUGGAUGCCUUGGAGGAAGGGGGCAUGAUUGAUGAAGAAACUGUUCCAGAGUGGAUUAAGAGCCACAUGCAGCAACAGCAGCAGCAACAACAACAGGAGCAGCAGCAGCAGGGCUCUGUUCCAUCCACUCCAGUGCUUGGUCCUGACCAGAUAGGUCCUGCAGAUAUGGGAGUGGCAGCACCCCCUCCUGGCUUCAUUCCUCUUCCUGAAGGUUUGCCUGUUCCUGCCACCACUUCAGUGGCGCAAGGCGUAGGAGUUGACACAUCACAACCUCCUCCCCUUCGACCACCAGAGGGAGGAUUACCUGCACCAGGACUACCAGGAAUUCCAGCUGGAAUGCCAGGAACAAUAACAGGUGUACCACCACCUGGUGCAUUGCCUAUGGUAUCACCCUUUGCUCUUCCCAGCGUACCUCCUCCAAUGGGCAUGGCAAUGGGCCAUGGAAUGAUGCCCAAUGUCCCAAUCGGUGUUCCACCUCCAGCCAUGCAGGGACUGCUGAUGCCACCUACUGGACAGAUGAUGCAUCAACAGAUGAUUGGUGGGGUACCUCAGCCUGUGAACUCUCCCUUCAAUGCAGGCCCUGGUGCCCCAGUGAGUAUAAUAACUGGGCCCCACCCCCACGGCCAGUUAAGUCAGAUCCCUCUGCCUGCUCCUGCAGCCCCUCAGGAUAAACCUAACACUGGACUUCCCCACACAGCACCACCUGUUGGAGUGCCACCUCCCACGUCUGAGGCCAGUCUUCCAGGGCUGAGUGAAGCAAUGAUGCGCGUCCCUUUUGGAGUUCCACCAGGGAUGCAUCCACAAGUCCGCAACAUUCCCUUGCAAGUGAACGCUGAUGAUGGGAACAUGGAGGUGGAUAUAUCUCAGGGUGAACAACCAAAGACAACUGAGCAAACAGAUGGAGUAGUGAGGAUAAAUGAUCCAAUGUUGGCAGCUUUGGGUGGAAGAGGAGCCCCACCAUUUGGGCAUCCACUUGUAGGACAGCCGAUGCAGCAAGGUCUCCCUCCUCACCUAACCACUCUUCAACCUCCCCCUCUCCAGCAGCAGAUGCAGCAACCCCCACCACUACAGCAGCAAGACCAGCAGCAGUCACAGAUGCAAUCGUCACAAUCAUCGCAACCUGCUGCAGCUGAGCAGUCACAGCAGAAGGACAGCUCCAGUAGCAAAUUCAGUCAAGACCAGGACUCCUCUAGGGAUGACAGUGAAUUUGCAGAAAGAAAUCGGAAUCGUGAGCGGAGAGAUCGGGAACGUGAUCGAGAUCGCGACCGGGACCGGGACCGUGAUCGCGAUCGUGAUCGUGACAGGGAAAGAGACAGAGAUCGCGAUAAAGACAGGGACCGUGAUCGAGGCAGAGAUAGAGACAGGGAUCGUGAUCGCGAUCGCGAUCGUGACAGAGACAGGGAGAGGGACAGAGAAAGAAGUCGGUGGGGUGAUCGUGAUAGAGAUCGUGAUAAGGGCAGGGAUCGGGACAGGGAACGUGAUCGUGAUCGUGACCGUGACAGGGAGAGAGAGAGAGACAGGGACCGGGACUGGAGAGAACCUCAGCAUCACAAUGAGGACAGGCAGCAGGUUCCUAGUCCAUGGGCAGACCAGGUGCCACCUCAACAGCAGCAAGGGGAGAAGUCGGAGAAACCAAGUCUCCUGGAACGGCUGCGUAACCUGGCAAAUGACGGACACACUGGUAUCGAUAGGGAUGACAGCAGAAGUUCAUUUGGUGGCCGUGACCCUAGGCCGCCACCUCCAUCACGCCGAGACAGAAGUUCCUCUGCAGAACGAAGCAGUGACAGAGAGGGAUCUUCAGCAGGAGCAAAUGCUCCGCCAUCUUUAUUGGAUCUCCCUAAAAUCCCCCCACCAGCAGUUCAGGAAGGUGGUUCUGAUAGGAAACCUCAUACAACCGAUAGCCAUCAGGGACCUCCUGGACCAAGGUUCCAGAGUCCAAGGGGGCCCCCUGGACCAGGUGGUCCUGUGUUCAGUCCUAGGGGUCCGGGGCCUGAUGGGUUCAGGCCACCAGGCCCAGGAUUCAGGCCUGAUGGUGUCCGACCACCUGGUCCAUUCCCUCGAGGUGGACCCCUACCAGAGGGUAUGAUUGUGUCUCCUGGCAUGGAUCGCCAUCCUGAAGGAUAUGGGCGCGAUGUUUUUGAGCCAAGAGAUUCUCGACCAGAAGAAUUUGAUUCUGAGAAUGAAGAUUUUGAUUCCAGACAUCCACGAGCAGAAGGUUCACAAGGGCCUCGGCCUGAAGGGUUUGAUAAACGGAUACCUCAUCCUGAUGAAUACGAAGGUUUUGGCCCCAGGGGUCCUCCCCAUCCAGAUGACUUCGAUAUUCACCCGCCAGUCCCAGAUGAUUUCAACCCACGAGGAAUUCAUCCAGAUGAGUUUGAGCCUCGUGGUCGCCGUCCCCCUGAUGUUUUUGAUCCAAGGGGACCACCAAGAGAAGGGUUUGAUCCUCGGAUGUCACAUCCAGAAGACUUUGAUCCUAGAGGUCCUAGACCAGAUGGUUUUGAUCGCAGAGGACGUGCACCGGGACCAGAUUUCUUUCCUCGCCGUGAAUUUGGCCCAAGAGGAAUGAUGGGGCCUCGAAUGGGUAUGGGACCUGAUGGUUUUGGGCCACGACAUUUACUUGGACGUGGACCAGAUGUGGAUUUGUUGCAUGAGAACACUUUGUUGCCUGUGAUGCUAAUGCUGAGUUUUGUUUGA